CUUUUACAUAAUAUUCGUUAGCACCAUGAAGGUCGGAUGUUAUUCUCAAGUUCAACCAUUGUUUUAAUCCGUGCGCCUACAAUCAAUUUAAGGCCUAUCAUAGCCAUUAGUCAUCACCCACAACUAUUGAAAUCCUAUGCGAAUUCGUCAUCAGAUCUACCAUUAAUAAAUUACUUACUACCCACCUGUUUAUUACAUGAUUAAUAUAAUUGUGUACUAUAAUCGCUACUCAUUAUCAAUUAACAUCUUGCAAUUAGUCCUGCGAUUAAUGGUCUAAAUUAAAUAAAUAAUAGGUGAAUACAUCUCUGUACUUUAAUAGCUGUGCACUCGCAGACAGCUUAACAUAAUAAAGUAAGCAUAGUAAGUUGAAGAGCUGCUUUCAAAGUUUGCGUGUGAACCUCAGUUCGUUUACAUUUCUAAUAUCUAUUGCAUCUUCUCUAGCGCUCGUUGCGGUGGCUCGCACACGGAUCGCCAUUUGAAGACAGGUACCGCGGCGUGCGCCCGCGCAUAUGUGCCUCAUACAUAACUCUCCCGCCGAUUGCAUCGUUCGCUUGUCGAAUGUCCACGCGAUCCGUGUUGAUCAUAACAAACAGUGUUUUCAAGCAAAGCAUAUAAAUUACACACUACACCAUAUUUGGAUAGUACGCGCGAACGUGCGAUGAUAGUUAUGUGUCCAAAUGCUUGGUGCUUCAGUGCAAAAAACAUCCUAGUAUCGGUGUGACGGGUUAUAACUGUCGGUGUUUGUGUUAAGUUUGUUAUUAGUAAUGCCAGGACACGCGGGGAGUCCCUACUGGGCGGCUGUUGACUUCGAUAGCGAAGGCGAGGACGCCCAGACGCCUCCGAGUAACCACCGGGUUUACCUGGACCCCUGGGAUAACGAGGCUUACGGGAUGAUGCAAACGGAGACGGCGGAGUCAAGCCAGGGGGAGAACUUCAACUCCUUCGCCGGCGAGCCAGUCAGUGCUAGUUUUUAUUACGUCCCUACUAAAAACUAUGACUCUGGAGAGGAACCGCCGCUGCCACCACCGAGGUGGAAGAAGGCUUCGCGUGAAGAAGUUAUCGCGCCUGAGUACGUCGCGUACAGUAGAAAAGUAUCCAGAACUGUCAUCCCCGAAUUCCCGCCCGAGGCCAUAUAUGGUGAAAGACCAAUGCGGGAUCGGCGAAGGUCGAUGUUUGUGGAAGAACCGACUUACGUCCCUCACCCGAUGCUGUAUGAGCCGUUAUACGGAGGCGUGAUUCCGCCGGGAUAUGUCCCGCCGCCGCCCAGGACACGCAUGUCGGUGUCUCAUCCCCCGGACUACGUCAUGGCUGGAAUGGGAUACCCGAGCAGCAGAAGACACUCCAGGAUGACCGAUGCGUACGAGCAAUUUGCGUACGAGAGCCUAUCGCCAGAUUACGAAGACUGGGCUCGGCCUUUCCCGAAGACUGCUCCCGACAACUUCCACCUCUCUAGAUACGGCCACCUCCAGAUCGACUACUCCUGCAGUUGGAACUCCUUGGACAGGCUGAUCCGCAGCCAGCAUCGAGGAUAAAUGAGAAAUUGCUAGACAUAACACUCGGAUUUUGGGGACUAAAUACAGGUAGCUGAAUGAACAUAAUUGCGUGUAAAAAGUGUGUCUUCGUUGAGUGAAAAUAUAAUGAUACUUGAUAGUGGUAUUUAGAGUAAUUUGUAUGCAACUGGCUUGCAGAUCGUGCACAUUUGUGAUCAAGUCGAAACGCAGAAUAAUUACUUAGCCGUGAGCUCGUCAGACGGAUGGAACGGUACGAAAGUUUGUUCCGGAUUCUCUAAAAACAACAAACGCAUCCCUGCCCGUUCGUAUUUCUUCGAGCGUUUCCGGAUGCAAUCGAAAACAGUUAUGUUUCUUCCGCACUGUUAUCUGCUGACUGUAUGUGUGUAUUUGGUCCCUCGAAUGAAAACCCAAAGUUACGUUCGCUCUUUCACAUUUUACGAUAAAUAAGUAUGGAUAUAAAUGUAGCUUCCGCGGUUUUCGCUCUGUUAAUAAACAAGAUCAAUUGUAAUAACACACAUUUGUGUGGUACUUAAGAUAUUAAAACUGUUAUGAGAUGCUAUUAAUUACGUAAUUUCGAGUAGUGUAGGGUACUAUGAAUAUUAUUAGCUCAAUGUUGUAAUUUUGAGAAACUAAAUGAUAGCCAAAGAUAUUAAAAUACCUAUGUUUAUUUUUGUGUUUAAGUUUUUACUAUUUUUGUGCAAAGGUGCUAAAACCAAUAAGUCUACUGAGGUAUACAACUGUGUAAAUAGUCUAUACAAAUAGAUCUUAGCUUGAUAUUUUGAUAUUAUUAUUUUAAGUUAACGCAUGGCAAUAUAAAUUAUUAAAACUA